UUUGUUUGAAUAUUAUUCUCAGAGAGAUUGAAAAAAAAAAUGUUCAGAAGAGUCCUCUCCGGGAAGAGGAAAACUGGAUCUGUUCCUGUAUAUCUCAAUGUCUACGAUCUCACCCCUAUCAAUGGUUAUGCUUACUGGUUCGGCCUCGGCGUUUACCACUCCGGUGUUCAUGUUCAUGAAGUGGAAUACGCAUUUGGGGCGCAUGAUUUUCCAACGACGGGGAUUUUUGAAGGGGAACCGAAGCAAUGCCCUGGAUUCACUUUCAGGAAAUCCAUUCUGAUUGGGAGAACAGAUUUAGGUUCCAAAGAAGUUCGAGCAUUGAUGGAGAAGCUCGCCGAGGAGUAUACUGGAAAUACUUACAAUCUCAUCACCAAGAACUGUAAUCACUUCUGCAACGAUGCUUGCCUCAGAUUGACUGGGAAACCCAUCCCUCGCUGGGUUAAUCGACUUGCCAGAAUCGGUUUGUUAUGCAAUUGUGUGCUUCCGGCGGGUUUGAAUGCGGUGAAGGUUCGGCAUCACAGAGCGGAAGAUGGACCUUGUGAAGGAGAAAAGAAGCAGCUGAGAAGCCGUUCAAGUAGGUUCGUCUCUUCUUCUUCCUCUUCUAAUUCUGAUACAUCGUCUUCAGGUUCUUUAAGCAAAAGUGGUAGACUCAGACGCCAUUUUCUUCCAUCUUCGCGUUUGAUUCUUACUUCUUCCCCGUCCUUGAAGAUGUAAUGGUUGUUCUGUAAUCUGUUUGAUAAUUUA